CGGCGACAAAAUAUCGCGUGAUGCUGAGACUUCCCUUUCGCAACAACAUUUGAAGGUUUUUUCUGUUCCAGUCAUUUUGUUACCUCUUGUCCAGUUGCCACAGCUACCCUUAAGUGUCUCAACUGGAUUAUUGGACAUUGGAUGAAAAAGGAUUCAAGGACAUCAGUCUCAAAAUGUAUCAUCAACGUGAUCAAUAUCACGAGAUCCUUUUUUCAAAAAUGUUUAGCCAGAUCUUCUUGUGGGCGUAUUUUAUUUGAACACAUAAAAACUAGUGCGUAGCUUUUUAUUCUCCAUAUUCCAGUUUUUCAGGUUUUGUCGCGGUUUCUUUCCGCCAUGCAACGCGUAACAAAAAUUGAGGAAAAAAGAGUAAAGGUUAUUGCCUUGGACAAGACAUUUGGAUCGCUGUGGCCGACUUAGUUUUUUUUUUAUAAUGACGCCUUAUCAUUAAUGUGACUGUAGAGAAAGAUUUCUUUUUUGACUCUCUCUUAGCGACUGCCACACGAUGACCACGUAACCGAGUGGCUACUACGCCAAAGUUCACAUGACGCAGCGAAAUUCGUUUUAUAUGGUGGCGUGAUGGUGGCCUGAUGUGUCCAGCGAUCAACAGUAAUCUGACCAACAGCCAACUUGUUUGACCACAAUCCGAUCAGAUGAUGAUUACAACAAAUCUCUUUAAAAGCAUUAAUUUAUCGGGAUGUAUCCUGUGCUCCACGUCUUUUAUUUUAAUGAACGGAUUUUGCACUUUGCUUCCAUCUCCUAUUGCGCGCCCUUGACUCGCCCCCUUCCGGAUCAAAAUUUCAAGUUGUGCGUCUGUCGGGGCAAAGUUGGAACCAACCUCCCUCAACAAUCCGGAAAGUGAUGAGUAUUGUAGUAGGGGCGGAUGUCUCCGUGGUGGCUACAGUGUUGUUGACGCAGUAAAUUCUUACUCAAGGAAAUAAUUUAUUGCAAUGUACGUACGUACGCACUUUGUGGCCUCGCACGCGAUAAGAAAUUUCGUUUUGAUGGCGGAAGUGAAGUCACGAUUUUACAGCAUAAAAAUUGAGAUGGCGACACACACAGUUGAUGUGGCGUGAUGUCCGUUUGAUAAGAGACAAGCCUUGAUAAUUACUGCAAUCAUUCCAGGGAGACCUUUUACUAUUUAAUCGUCCAUCUGGCAGCCGUCGUCAUCAUCAGAUACUAACAGUACUACCUUCGUAAUGCGGGAAAUAACGGUACACCGCACAGAAGGAGGAGGAGGCGAGAAACAAAUAAGAGCACACGACAAAAAGAAGACAAAACAUUUCUUGGCAAUCAUCGAAAGUCCUACAGUUUCACUCGAGUCAGAAGGUGUAAAAGCUCAUCCCGUCAGUGUCGCAGAUCUCAGAAUCCCACCCGGCUGCACAUCUGUUGUAGCUGCAAAGAAAUAAUUAUCUUUCGCUACAUAUAACAGUAAUCAUUGAAUCAAUCAUGAUCCUCUCUGCUGCACAUGCAGUCGCCGCUGGACCCGUUGUCGCUUUACAGAAAAUCAAAGGUCCAGAUGUCGAACAGUAUUUGCAUUAUGUCAGCGGUGCCGCUGGUAUGUUGGCAAUGGCCGGAGUCGGUGUGGCAGCCGCCUCAGCUUAUUAUUUGGCCAACCGGCCUAUCCCCACAACACCUCCGUUUGAUUUGGACAAUCAGACGAUUGUCGAGGGACCAGAACUCAUACACUAUUCCCGCUUCGCCAAAGACGGCAAAGAAAUGAAAUUCAUGCGCUAUCUCUACGAAGACACCCGGACCCUGUAUGACGUCUUCCGGCGCGGAGCGCGUGUUUCAAACAACGGACCUUGUUUGGGAUGGAGAGAGGAUCCCACCAAGCAGUACCAAUGGAUGCGCUACGAAGAAACUCUGUUGCGCGCACAGAAUUUAGGCUCCGGCCUAGUGGCUCUUGGCCUCAAGCCCACGCCCGACACACUGGUGGGCGUCUAUGGUCAAAACAGUCCCGAAUGGGUACUCAGCGAAUAUGCCCUCUACAGCUACUCCAUGGUCAUUGUGCCACUUUACGACACGCUGGGACCAGAGGCCUGCAACUACAUCAUUAAUCAAGCCGAGAUGUCGCUAGUUAUCUGCGACAACGAAGACAAAUGCAAGUCGUUGCUCAACAAUUCACCCCCGUGUCUGAAGCAGCUGGUCCACAUCAAACCCAUCUCGCAAGAGACGAUCGAAUUGGCCAAGCGUAAAGGCAUCAACACCUUGAGCUUCGACUAUGUCGAAAAGUUGGGAGCCGAAAAGAAACACAGGCCAGUGCCACCUAGACCAGAAGACUUGAGCACCAUUUGCUACACAUCGGGAACGACGGGCAACCCCAAGGGAGUCAUGUUGACCCACGAGAAUGUCGUGGCUGACGUCAGCGCCACGCUACUCCAAUUGGGUGACCAGAAACCCAACUGCUCGGACGUGAUGAUGUCCUUUUUGCCGUUGGCACACAUGCUGGAACGCAUUUGCCAAAUCGCCGUGUACAUGCAAGGAGGCGCCAUUGGCUUCUUCGGCGGUGAUGUCCGUAAUUUGAUGGACGACAUGAAAGCCCUGAGACCCACCAUCACGCCGGCCGUGCCCCGCCUGCUCAACCGCAUCUUCGACAAGGUUCAGAGCGGAUUGAACAGCUCGUCACUCAAACGCUUCCUCUUCAACGCAGCCCUCAGCUCCAAGGAGAACGAGCUGAGACGUGGAAUCAUCCGGAAUAACACCAUCUGGGAUAAACUCGUUUUGGGAAAAGUUCAAGACAGCAUGGGCGGACGCAUCCGUCUUUUGGUCGUUGGCUCGGCUCCAUUGGCUGGCUCCGUUUUGACUUUUAUGCGUUGCGCCCUAGGCUGCGUCAUUGUGGAAGGUUACGGACAGACCGAGUGCGUCGCUCCGACGACCUUAACCGUCCAGGGAGAUUCUACACCAGAACACGUUGGACCCCCAAUUCCUUGUUGCGCAAUCAAAUUGGUCGACGUACCCGAUAUGAACUACUACGCCGCCAGUGGUCACGGAGAAAUCUGCAUCAAGGGCACCAAUGUUUUUAAAGGUUAUUUUAAGGAACCCGAAAAAACCAAAGAGACGUUAGACGAAGAUGGAUGGCUUCACACUGGUGACAUCGGCACCUUUUUACCCAACGGAACGUUAAAGAUUUGCGAUCGCAAGAAGAACAUCUUCAAGCUGUCACAGGGCGAAUACAUUGCCCCCGAGAAGAUUGAAAACAUUUACAUCAAGAGCCAAUAUGUCGCACAAGUCUUCGUUCACGGUGAAAGCCUCAAGUCGUGCACGAUAGCAGUCAUCGUGCCCGAUGUUGAAAACGUCAAAUUUUACGCCGAGGAGCGAGGUAUUCCCGGAACACUUUCGGUCCUCUGCAACAUGCCUGAAAUCAAGCAGCUUAUCAUGAACGACAUCACAGAUCUGGGGAAAAAAGGCGGUCUGAAAUCCUUCGAACAGGUCAAAGAUAUCUACUUGCACCCAGAUGCCUUCUCAGUACAGAAUGGUUUGUUGACGCCCACUCUCAAAUCUAAGCGUCCGGAACUCCGUACUUACUUCAAACCUCAACUCGAGGACAUGUACAUGAAAUUGGACUAAACUAAAAAAAAGAAAAAAACAUGCAUCGCUUUACUUCCAUGCUCUUUAUCAGUAAUCUCGUUAUCCAAAUUUGGACGCUUUGCCAUCUUUUGGAUUGUUUUGUAUCAUAGUCUGCCAAUAAUUUUUUUUUUUCGUCCUCUACAUAAGCUUAUUUCUUCAAAUUACUCCUAUCUUCCUCAGGCCGUCCUAGAAUUUCCCUUAUCUUCUAAAUAACACAAAGGAACUUCCUCUCUUUACAUUAUCUUGUCUCCAGUCCUAGAAUUGAAACAAUUUUUGAUGAUUGGGAAACGGUUGAGACAAGCGGAUUUGCAGAUUAAGGAUGAUUUAAAAAAAAAUAAUAACUCGACCGUCGCACUUAUUGCAUGUUUGUGAGUAAAUUCUGUUGAUGUUUGGAGAUUGCGGGGUAGUUAAUACUCUGCGAUUUUAUCUCCCUCUAAUUUUGUUGGGCUAGUUUAGUUUACUUUUUUUUAAUUUUUUUGUUUGCUCAAAAAAUCAAAUUUGAAAAAAUUGGAAACAAACUUGUUUGAGAUCUUCGCCUGCCGAGUUACUGGACCCAAUCCCCCUUUUUCAACUGUCGGAUCAUCCGUACCCAUUGUAUUUAAAAAAGAAAGAAAAAGUUUGGAUUUGUUUCGUGAUAGUUGAAGGGGGGAUUUUACUUGUGCAGUAAAAGAAAAAACGAAAAGUUUAAAAUGGAAAAAGUAAUUUUCCAUUUUCAGAAGAAGCGCGUAUUUCGGGUGUACAUUGUUUCCUUUAUAUAAUUACAUCAUUAGUAGUCAUUUAUUAUUUUCAUUGGCGCGUGGGAGUGUAUGCGAGUGCCUGAUGGUAAUUUAUAGAGCAACUACAUUCCCGUGUAUUACAUCUAUUAUUAUUGACUACUAACAAUUUUGUCCCCCUUUCUUGUCACUCGGAAAUGGACUCUUGUUUCAAAAAUCUAUUAUCAUCCCUCAAACAUGACCGUCUUUCGAUUAAUCUGGGUCAGUAUAAAAUAUUUACGCAAAUUAAGGGGCAGUGUUUUCGAAGCACUGGCUGGAAGGAGGAAUUUUAACAAGGGACUGGGAAUACAUUGCAGCCAUUUGAAAAAAAUUGUAAAGAUGUGGUUUCAUGGCGACAUGUUGGGAGAACAGCUUAAAGUUAAUAAGAAAACAUCACUAUCUAGAUGAAUUUCCCGUGUUUUUGUCCUUGCUCUGGUAUCGAUAAAUGAGAGUAAGAAUACAGUGUACAAUAUUGAUCAACAA